CUGGGACAUAAGGCUAAUGAUGAUCAUAGCUGGCACUGCAAAAGGUCUGUUUGAAUGUGUGUGUGUUUGUACAGAUUCUACAUAUAGAUUUAUUGGAUAUUUUGGCUACUGUUAACUCCUUUCAUUAUGCUAAUAGGUGCAAAAUCUGUAAAUCACAUUUCCAUGUACCUGUAUUUGUAGGUAACUUCUUCAAGAAAGCGACCAAUGGACAGAAUGUCCAAACCUACCUCUGCAAAGCAGCCCAGGAUUUCACAGAAAGCUGUAGUCUUGCAUGAAGAACAAGCAGAUAUUGCAGUUGAGCCUUCAUGCUCUAUAACUGUGCCAGAUUCUCCUACAAAAGCUGAAUUAAAGAUGGAGAUCACAAAUCUUAAAGAAAAACUCAGCAGCCUGAUGGAAGAGCUCGAAAAGAAGGAAACAAAAAAGCGUAGCAGAAACAGAAGGAGCCAAAAGAAAGCAAAAAAAGCUACCAUUUUAAAACAACUGUCUACCAUUCUUCCAUCUGAGAGCAUGACAUUUUUUACAUCACAGUUAAGAGAAAAUAAUAAGAGCAAGAAUGGAUAUAGAUGGACAGAGAAAUGA